GUAUAGUUUUUGUCCGAAUACCGAACAUCGGGUUCUCUUUAUUUAAUUCAAUUCUCUGCGAAAGUCAUCUCCAGAUUUAGCAAAGCGUAUGGCAAUCUCACGAAUCUAGCUUACAAUAUAUGCUAUCCAGAUCAGCAGUCCAGCGAAAAUUUGUUGGGUUCAUUCUUUACUAUUUAGCCCUUUUCAUCAAUUUGGUUCUCAAUUUCACUCCGUCUCAAUUGGAUCUUUGAAAUCCGAGGACCGUUACAACAACAUGGGGUGCAGAGGAUUCAUAGCUUUUAUAUUGAACAUUUUGAAUUUUUUUCAGACAUUCUUUGGAGCAGCCAUGAUCAUUUAUUCAGCGUGGAUGCUCCGUCAGUGGGAUUCUUUUCACAACUACAUACCCAAUUCAUUUACAUCUAGUGCUGCACUUGGAAUUGAUCUUCCAGCCCCAUGGUUUAUCUAUACAUUUAUGGGAAUUGGCAUCAUUGUUUGUGUGGUUUCUUGCUCUGGUCACAUUGCUGCAGAAACUACCAAUUGGUGCUGUCUUUGCUGUUACACAGUGCUUGUUUUUCUUCUUAUUUUACUGGAAGCAGCUUUUGUGGGAGACAUAUUCUUCAAUCCUCAAUGGGACAAGGACAUUCCCGAUGAUCCAACUGGAGAGUUUGAAAAUAUUAAAGAAUUCAUAGAAAGCAAUAUUGACUCUUGCAAGUGGGUUGGUUUAGGAAUAGUAAUUGUUCAGGUCCUCUCUUUGUUGUUUGCAGUAAUCCUUCGUAUCAUGGUUUCACCCACAACGAAUGAUUAUGACAGUGAUGAUGACUAUUAUCUGCCAAGGACUAGCAAUCGACAACCACUUUUGAUAGUCCAGAGUUCUUCUACACCUGUUUUCAGACGAGAAUAGGUUCAAACAUAUGGAUGUUUGGGUGAAAGAACGACAAGAGAGUUGUAUUUGCAAACUGGUAAAAAAUCAAUACUUUAGGUGCAUAGAGGAGAGCUCACUUGAUUAUUAUUCUAUGCUGCUCCAGUCAGGUUUGGAAACUGCCAAAUUUUAAAUGAGAUUCAGUUGACUUGAACUUUUCAUCCGCAUCAUGCAUUGAAAGAAACAAUGCAAGGUUAUGUUUAAUAAAUAAGAUAACAUACUGCUGUAAUUUUAGACCUAGGAUUUGUGAAGCAGUGUACCAUUUCUGGGUUUCAAGAAGCUUGGGUUCCGUUACAGAAACAAAUAGCUCAUUGUGGAUGGAUUGAUUCUGUAAUGCCCUUGAGCAUGAUUGAUGUCAUAAAUUGAAAUGUAUUUUAGAUCUCAUGAGUUUAUUUCCUUGGUGUGAAAAAAUGCUGUAUGUAAAUACUCUUUCAAUUGGAUAUACCACAACAAAAGUCUAGUUUAUUGAUGUUUUAA